AUGCUGAUUUCUGCAAAGCAAUAUCUUGCCCUGGCAGCGGCGCUGCAGAUGUCUGCCGGGGCAUCGGCUCAAAAUCUCAAGGAGCAAGUUUGGUCAAUAUUUGCUUACAAUCUCCAUGGAGAUAGUAUUCCAAUUGCUCUGCCACGUCCACGAGCCUUGACCCCAUAUGGCGCCAAUGACAUGUACUCCGCAGGAGGCGCUUUUCGGAACCGAUAUGUUGCCGUUCACAAUGAUGAGGGCAAUGCGAGCACGAGGAUACCAAGCUUGUCGCCAUAUCUACUGGAAAGCGAAGAGGUUUCUAUUCUUUCAUCUACAGACCAGCCAGCUGUUGCAUCCGCGCAAGCUUUUAUGCAAGGACUAUACCCGCCUCUUAAGAAAACGUACAAUGGAAAUUACUUCGACCCUUCAUUUCAGCUAGCGAAUGGCUCGAUGUCCACUGCUCCUAUGAACGGAUAUCAAUACGCCCAAGUGCUCACCUUGAGCCCCGCGGAUCCUCGAUCCAUCUUGUUGGACGGCCAAGCCGAAUGUACGCUACACCAAGUUGCUGAUUCAGAGUAUCAAUUCAGCCUUGAGGUAGAGGACAUGAAUCAGAAGUCAGAAGCAUUCUAUGGCCGACUGCAUAGCCAGGCAUUGAGGGGAAUCUUUGACCUUUCCUCAGCGAAAUAUUCAAACGCCAACUCGAUAUCGGAGUUCCUUCAGUAUCAAUUGUUGCACAACAAGACCCUGUUACAUCAUCUGAACCGAGAAGAUAUAGAGCUUGCACGAUGGUACGCAGAUCACUAUGUGUAUGCGACGAACGGCCAUACUUCUUCGCCCGGGGUCAUUGGAUCCAACAAAAUUCGCACAAUUGCGGGUAGGACACUGGCUUCAUAUGUCCUGGAGGCUUUUGAUCGGAAUAUCGAAUAUCGGGGCGUCAAUGACAAAAUGACUUUUCUCUUUGGCGCCUCUGAGCCCGCCGUCGCUCUUGCUUCGCUCAUGCAGGUCGCCUCCUCGAACCAGGAGAUGUUCUACCCACGCCCGAACCUUGGAGCGUCACUUGUCUUCGAAUUGUAUAGCCUUGAAAGUGAGGCAUAUCCAACAUAUCCCGAACCAUCUCAACUAUACGUUCGAUUCUUGCUUCGUAAUGGGACAGAUUCAGCUGCCGAGUUCCAGUCGUAUCCUCUCUUUGGACACGGCCCUAGCAACGAUGCGAUACCGUAUUCUGAUUUUCGCGCGCAGAUGAAGAAGUUUUCGCUUGGUUCGAUCAAACAGUGGUGCAUCGAAUGCAGCUCGUCGGCUGUGUUUUGUUCAGGUGUGGUGGAUCAGGUCAAAAAGACGCCUGCCUCAAACAAAGGUCUCAAUCCUGCUGUUGCUGGUGUCAUUGGAGCCGUGAUAACUGUUGUCACCCUGGCGCUCAUAGCUAUUGUUGUUUUCCUCGUCUUCGGUAUGCGAAUGAAACGGGUGCACAGAUCCGGCCUUGGAGGCUUCAAGGGUAGCAACAAAAUGGCAAGCGACUCGGAUGUCACCUUCAAGAAUACAACACGUGAGGACGUAAAGACAGCGGAGGAUUCUCAUAAUGGCAUUUCGGGAGUCAGUGGAGCCGUGGUUCGUGGGCAUGAACGAACUGGAAGCUGGGAGAUGAGAGACCAGCAGGAGGGUGCAUUAGCCACUUCUACUGGUGGUCAAGAAACCGUAUCUCCGUUCGAGAAUGAUCAUGAUGAUAUAUGGAGAAGACACAGUAUUCUGGAGCCCGUCAAGGCUCUUGAACACGUCUGA